CGCGACCCCCGCGCCCGACUCUGAGCCUAGGCCCGCGCCCCGCGGCGCCGCCGUCCUGGCCGUCCUGGGGGGCGAGCGCUGCACCCCCUCCCACGCAGGCCGCAGCCAGCGGGGUUGGCAGGGGCGAGAGUGCCCCCGCGUCGUCUGCUCUUGCGCCCGCCGCCACCGCGCCCUGCGGGUACCGACGCCCAGACGCCCCUCGGGGGAUCGGGCCCGCGGUAGUCGGGCCUCCCUGUGCGCCCAGCUCCCUGGCGGGCUGCGGGGCUGGCAGGUGGGAGAGGAGGUGGCAGGCAGGGCCAGUGACACUGGAAGGGACGCGAUUGCUUAUCCUGCUGGUGGACGCCAGAGCCGAGUGAGGUUCUGCGCCCACAGCCGCGGGGCUUCCUCUGGCCUUGGGCAAAGCAUGACUUUCAAAAAUCGAAUCUCCUCAACACAGUUCCCUUUCUAGACUGCGCUCAGCACUCUCGGGAGGUGCUAGGGACGAGGGUGGCGGGCCGUGACAUCUGGGCACACAGGGCUCCCUAGGCAGCACCCCCUGCCCACCCGGGGACCCACUGGCCCACCUCCUCCCUGCUGGCCCCAAGUUCCGCCAGGAAGCACACCUGCCCACAAGCCCCCGCCCACUGCCCCAGAUGCCUGGGCUUAGCCCCAGAGGACACAGGGGACACCCACGCUGCCUUUCCACUGGGGACUGAGAGGCCUGGCCCGCCUGAGGGGCUGUGGGAAGCAGGGGCGGGCUUUCCUGUGGGCCUCGGAGACCCUAGCAGCAGCUGAGGAAAUGGAGUCUCAACAAGAGGGUGGCCUUCCCACCUGCCUCGGGGAGCCCCCAGCUCCCUGGUACCCACUGCUUGCAGUCCCUUCAUCAGUGUCAUGGGGUGUUAAUUCUGGGCUGGAGAUGGGGCAUGUUGGGGUCUGGGGCCCCCAGGGGCUCCCCAGGCCGGCCACGCACAGACUCCAUCUGGGGGCACCCCUGCAGUGGUCCCAGAAGGUGCGCACCCUGUCAGAGCUCCUGCCUGGCCCACAGUGCCCCUGGGUGCUGGCUCGGCAUUUGGCAGAUGAGAUGCCCAAACUCAAAAGGGCCCAGUGACAGUUCACAGCCUGCAGUGUGGGAGAGACGGCCCUACCCCUUGUCACCCAGGAGCCCUGAAAUCCAGCCCCUUGGCCUCAGGCUGCUGUGGACAGAGCCAGCUGCUUCCCUGUGCAUAGCCCUUGGCAUGUGGCUGAGCAGGCAGCUUGAAGCUGGGGAUCUGGCCAGAGGGGACCCGCAGGGGACUGAUGGGUGUGUGCUCUGCUCCAGGCCACCCAAGGCGAAGGCUACCCCUCCUGGAGAUGCAGGGCAUGUGGGCCUCCCAGGAGCUGCUGCCAUUGUGGCUUCUGGUGUUGGCGGCAGGUGGCAGUGUGCACGCCUACCGGCCCAGCCGCAGGGUGUGUGCUGCUGGGGCUGCCCCGGGCUCCGUCUCGGAGUCCUUUGUGCAGCGCGUGUACCAGCCCUUCCUCACCACCUGUGAUGGGCACCGGGCCUGCAGCACCUACCGAACCAUCUACCGGACUGCCUACCGCCGUGGUCCUGGGCCAGGUCCCACCAGGCCUCGCUACGCCUGCUGUCCCGGCUGGAAGAGGACUGGUGGACUCCCCGGGGCCUGUGCAGCAGCAAUAUGCCAGCCGCCCUGCGGGAAUGGAGGGAGCUGUGUCCGGCCUGGCCGCUGCCACUGCCCAGCCGGAUGGCAGGGCAACACCUGCCACACAGACGUGGAUGAGUGCAGCUCCGGAGGGGUCGGCUGUCCCCAGGGCUGCGUCAACACUGCGGGCAGUUACCAGUGCCAGUGCCGGGAGGGGCAUAGUGCAUCUGCAGACGGGACGCACUGCCUGCCCACAGCAGGGCCCCCCAGGGUGGCCCUGAACCCCGUGACAGGAGUGGACCCUGCGGCGAGGGCGGAGGUGCAGAGGCUGCAGGCCCGAGUCGAGGUGCUGGAGCAGAAGCUGCAGCUGGUGCUGGACCCCCUGCAUGGCCUGGCCUCGCAGGCCCCGGAGCAAGGGCCGCAGGCCCCCGGCAGCCUUCUGGCCCACUCCUUGCAGCAGCUGGACCGCAUCGACUCACUGAGUGAGCAGAUCUCCUUCCUGGAGGAGCAGCUGGGGUCCUGUGAGUGCCCAUGUCACCUCCCCUCUCUCAGAACCCCCGGCUCCUCCAGGCCAGAGGGUGGGACGGGGAACGGCCGCAGGCCAGGUGACCCAGCCUUCUCCUCCACCCCAGGCUCCUGCAAGCAGCUCUGAUGGCCAUCUCACACCCAGGGCUGGACCUAGCGAGACCACAGCCCUCACCCACUCCAGGCAGGGCCCAUGCUGCUCCUGGUGAGGGCUGUGAGCCGAAGGCCAGGGAGUGCCUCGCUCUGGUCCUCAUCCCUCAGGGUGGGCCCCUGCCAGGCUCUCCUGGGCCUCGGGGAAGGUACGAGGGCUCCCUGCCCAAGCUGGGAUAUGGAGCGUGGUGCGCAGCUGCCCGAGGUGGGGCGGGCCUGUCCCCAUCAGAAUAAACUCGAGACUUGA